AUGUUGAACAUGCUCUUCAAGGAGUUCGACGCUUUGACAAACGAAAGAAAGACAAUGACAAAGAUCAAAUGCAUCGGUGAUUGCUAUGUCUGCGCUGGUGGUAUCUUCGAUGAAGUAAAUCAGCCACAGACACACGCAAGAGAAGUUGUCGAUUUCGGUUGCCACGCAAUCAAGAAGAUUUUGGAUGUUAAUGAGGCUCAGAAUGAAUCAUUAAGAAUCAGAGUUGGUGUAAAUACUGGCGGUCCAAUUGUCGCUGGUGUUUUGGGUACUGAGAAGCCAACAUUCGAAAUCCUUGGCCCAACAAUCAAUAUCGCAGAACAGAUGGAAUCCAAGGGUGUUCCAAUGCAGGUACAGAUUUCUAGACCUGUUUACGAACUUAUCUACGGUUCUCAAUUCGUCAUCAAAGAAAGAGGCGAAGUUGAACUUAAGCGUGGUAAGAUGUUCUGUUACUUAGUUGAACCAUAA